AUGAAAUAUAAAGCGAACAAAAUAAAUCGAAUACAUGAACACCCAACAGCUCUUUCAUUAUUAAAAUCAUCUUUACCUUAUAAUAACAUGAUUCGAGAUAUAGGCUAUGAUAGGUUGUUUCUUCACUAUUGGUCAUCCACAGAAAUUAAUUCUUAUCGUUUGUAUGCUAAGAACCAUAAACUACCUACAAUAAGUAUUGAUGCUACAGGUGGAUUAGUGCAAAAACCAACUUUAAUUUCUGGUCGCCAGACUUCAAACACUUUUCUGUAUCAAAUUGGAGUUAGAGACACUAAAAAUAAGUAUCAGUUUUCUGUAGGGCAUAUGUUGUCUGAACGUCAUGACAAUAACAGUAUUGCGUAUUGGUUGACCGAGUGGUUGAGAAAUGACAUUUCACCUCCAAAAGUUAUUGUCACUGACCAAUCAUUAGCAUUGAUGAUAGCUGCAGUCAAGACAUUUAUUCAGUAUUCCAACCUUAUUAAAUAUAUAAGCAUUUGUUCUUCAUUGAUUCAAAAAUAA